AUGGCGGCCGCUGCCCCUCGUGCCCGUGGCUCCGCGCCCGAGGCGGCGGGCUCCGCCGAAGCCCCGCUGCAGUACAGCCUUCUUCUGCAGUACCUGGUGGGUGACAAGCGCCAGCCCCGGCUCCUGGAGCCUGGGAGCCUGGGCGGCAUCCCGAGUCCGUCCAAGAGUGAGGAGCAGAAGAUGAUCGAGAGGGCGAUGGAGAGCUGCGCCUUCAAGGCAGCGCUGGCCUGCGUGGGAGGAUUUGUCUUGGGAGGUGCAUUUGGGGUAUUCACCGCUGGCAUCGAUACCAAUGUGGGCUUUGACCCUAAGGAUCCUUACCGUACUCCAACGGCAAAAGAAGUUCUGAAAGACAUGGGGCAGAGAGGAAUGUCCUACGCCAAAAAUUUUGCCAUUGUGGGCGCCAUGUUUUCUUGCACUGAGUGUUUGGUAGAAUCUUACCGGGGAAGGUCCGAUUGGAAGAACAGUGUCAUUAGUGGCUGCAUCACUGGAGGGGCCAUUGGUUUCAGAGCUGGCUUAAAGGCGGGGGUCAUUGGCUGUGGAGGUUUUGCUGCUUUCUCUGCUGCCAUCGAUUAUUAUCUACGGUGAGAGCGAUUGCCUCCGGGAAGGACACCGGCCCGGACCAGAGCUGUUCUGUGGAGGGCAUUUCUGCACCGCUCCAGGGCACUGGCUUCCGACACUGAAGACAUUCGUUUUCCCUCAUAUAGUUGAUAUUGUGGGGGAGCCGCCUGGCCAUUGCGCCUCCAGCCGCUGAGCAGCCCUUUCUGCUCCUGGACUCCAGCCAGGCUGUGUGGGAUGUGCCGUGCCAGCCUCUCUCCGGCAGAUUAGGAGUCAGUGUGUUGACUUGUAGAAAUGAAGCUCCACAGAGAUUCGGUCCUGACCACACCUGGGCCUCUGGUGGGUACUGUGGGAACAGGUGACUUGACAGACCCAGGAAGCUGCGCCUUGGAACUCCGCGGUCAUCAUCUCACGUAUCAGGACAGGGCGGAGUGAAUGCAUGUCUUCUGGCCAGUUACGUCAUUUUGUUUAGCAUUCUGCUAUCCUUGUUAAAAAAUAUAUUUAUAGUACAGUUUAAAUGGUUUAUUUUUAUUUUCAAAUUCCACAG